AUGGCGGUGCUCGAUGUUCCGUGGCAUUACGACCGGUACAACGCUACGAUGCAACACAUGUGUAACAAUUGGGGUGGCUUCACACCAAACGCGACGCUAUUUCCAGACAUGCCUGCCUUCCUUGACGAAAUGCACGCGAAAGGUUUGAAAGUGGUCCUGAGCAAUCACAUGCAGGUUGGCAUCAGCCCGUGCGAAGAGCAUUAUGAAGAUCUCGCAUUUGCUUUGGGGAAGUCGCCAGAAUUUGUGAAGAGUCGCGAGACAAUCGCAUGUGCUUUAGAUAAUAGGACAUGGGUAGAGGCUUUUUUCAGAGUCGUGCUUGAUUCACCAACCCUUCGUUCUGUAGAUUACUGGUGGAACGAUUUCCCAGGCUGUGCUACGAACGUCACAGGGUGGGACGGACAGGCUGGAUCGACAAUGUUUUGGGCAGAUUACGUGUUCGAUCUGUAUCGAACGUUUGAAAGGUAA